UUUUGCAUCUGAAAAAUAAAAGUACUACUACUACUACUACUCAUUAUCACUCACUCAGCAGUCACAACAGCGGCGCCAGCGCCACCGUAACCUAUCGGCAAUUUGAAUUCACGGCAUAGCAGAAUGCAAUAAUCUGGAUAUUCUGACCAUUGAAACUCUGAACAACCUCGAAAUGACGAGCGGAUUCAUUGUGAAUUUACCGUUGGAAAUCGCUAUCAAUAUCCUGUCACGGCUCCCCCUUAGAGCAGUUGUUCGUUCCAAGUGUGUUUGCAAAUCAUGGCUUAAGCUACUCGACACUCGCGAGUUUGUCAAGUUACAUCUUUCUAAAUCAGUCCCGGGGAUGGCUGUUGUUCAGUCUUGUGUGGAGACUAACUUGUACGAAAUCUUUGAAUUUGAAGACAAGCUUGAUCUUGAACACCAUCACAGCUUGGUCACAAAGUGUGUUUUCCCUCACGCUUCACGGAUACAGGGUUCAGCUACUGGGUUGCUUUUCCUGACAGGCGACCAACCUUGUCAUCUUUAUGUAUGCAACCCUAUAACACGGCGCUUUAUCAAGCUUCGUCCGUAUCUAGACUCUCUCCACUCGUCAUCUGAUGAAGUCGCGUAUGGAUUUGGAGUGACCAAAACAACUGGCCAAUAUAAGGUGGUUAGGAUUGUCUAUGACUAUGAUUUCGGAACAGAGGAUUCGCCUAAUAUUAGGCUUACCAAAUCUCAUUGUGAGGUGUACACUCUUGGAACUCGUACAUGGAGAAGCAUCAUACCCGCUGCCCUGGUACUGUUCAACACAAUUGGGAUAUUUUUUAAUGGAAAUCUUUACUGGUUGGUGGCGGAUCCAACACAAAUUUGUUGCUUUGAUCUCGAAACAGAGCUUUUCAGCACCUUCUUUCACCCCCCUCUGGUGAAUCCAGGGUCUCUAGGGAGCUUGUCGGCUUUGGUGGGUAGCCUGUGCCUUUGUGAUAAUUCAUUUGAAGAAAAAAUCAUCAUCUGGGUGAUGGAAGAAUAUGGGGUUGACACAUCUUGGAGAAUGAAAUAUGUUAUCAACAAAGAUCGGUACGUUUGUGGAGACUAUAUGAUUGUUUCCCCAAUUAAAAUUUUUGAAGAUGGUGACAUUCUGAUGGAAUAUGAAGAAUACCUGCUGUUCUACUACUCUGACAAGACGAAAACUAUUAGGAAGAUUGAGAUGUUUGAAGCUUGUAGUGGAAAUCAUUUUCGUGUGAAUGCAAUUCUCCACACCCCAAGCUUUCUGUCGCCUAGAACCGGCUUUCACUGAGGAUCACUAUGAGCUUUUAACUUAAUCUAGGUUUGUAUGCCUAUAUGUUCUAAUAUGCUCGAGUAUCCCAAUGUAAUUAUGAAGUCUUGUUUACUAUUACGACACAAAGACUGUCUUCAAGAAACGAUGUCGUUGCAACAAGAUGGGAGUUCAUAUUUAUUUUGUCCAUUUGAUUCCAACAACAUCAUUUCAUACACUUUGGAUGCCAUGUCCGGGCUGACAAUUGUAUUUCUAGUGAAGGAAAUUGGUCUAGGAAUAAUUGAAGCUAAAGCAUCUGUGAUUUAUGGAUACAAGAGCCAUGGAGCAUCUGCUCAAGUUUGAAUCUCUGAUGGUAAGCGCAUAAUUUUAUUGAGAUUAUGUUUUGAGAAGAACUCCUUUGUAAUAACAUUGCGUA